AUGGCAAGCCUUGAAGAAUUUGAAAAAAAUAUCGCCGAGGAAAAGAAAAGUAGAAACCAUAUCUCUAGUCGAGUGAAUAGUGAGAUAGAUUCUACGCGUUCAACGCAUAGGCGUCGUCAUGGAUCGGAGCGUAAUUCGAGGGAAGGCCAUAAAAGACAUUCUGACAGCCAUCGGCACAAGCGCUUGAGACGUAUAGAUGAUAAUACAGAACAUCCUACAGGUAAACUUGACAGAAAACAAUCAAGUCCUCAUAGAAACCCACCAGACUCUGCAGGUAAAUCCCACGACACGAAGCACACGACACGCGACGCUUGGAUGGAAGCUCCGCUUGCCUCAGACUUAACAUAUGUACAAAAGAGGAACAAAAAUCCGAAUAAACCCUUAUUAUCAAAGUCUGAAACUGAAAUAAAGCUUCACAAGAACGAGCUCAAUCGCAAUAUAUAUGAGGACACAGCUCAGACAAGCCACUCAACGAAUGAUGAACUACCAGUUUCUCAGAUUUCAUACACAUUUGGUGAUGAGGGAUCGCAAUGGCGUAUGACAAAACUUAAAGCUAUUUAUACACAGGCUGAGCAGAAUGGAAGGCCAAUUGAUGAGGUAGCUCUAGAAAGGUUUGGGGAUCUACGCGAAUUUGAUGAUGCACGGGAAGAAGAAAUAGAACUAGAGCGCCAGAAAACCUACGGUGAAGGCUAUCAGAUGAAGUUAAAACCAGAUGGCGGACUUUUUAGGCUUCGGAAACCAACUAGCGAUCUCAAGAAGACUCCCGACGAGCCUGCAAGGUUUAAAUCAGCUCCUGAGCUAGGAACCUCUUCGUGUGAAAAUACACAUAGAACUACUGAGAAAGAAAUAGACGCUACAGACCUUAAUCGUUUGAAGGCACAACUUAUGAAAGAAAAAUUAAAAAAUGGUCCAGAUGUAUUAAGGUUAGAGGGAGACUAUAAUCAAGCAUUAGAACAAUUUAAUAAAAAUUCUUCGACCCCACAGACGAUAGUUUUAGGGUUAAUGGACACUCGAAAUCUAGCAGGGACUCGUGGCGAAGCUAAGUCUGUCGAUACAAAGAGAGGCCGCGAGAGAAAUUUGAUUGAAGAUAAUGAGGAUAUGACUAUCGAAGAUAUGGUUCGGGAAGAGCGUCGCACCAAAGGACAAGUUGGUGGUCAAGGAAAGAGAGCAGCUGAGCGGAUAGCAAAUGAUGCCAAAUUUUCUGCCAACCUCGAUUACAUGGAGGAGAAUGUUGACAAUCUCGCCAAACAGGUACACAAAUCUGAUACUAGACUUAAGAAUAUUGCAAUCAAUGAAUAUAAAAAGAUGGAUAACAUCCUAAAUAAUUGCCAGUUGUGUCAUCAUGAGGACAAAAAUCAGCCACCGAUAGCUCCGGUGAUAUCCCUUGCCACGCGUGUCUAUCUGACCUUGCCAACUGAGCCGGAAUUAAAUGAAGGUGGAGCCGUCAUAGUACCUUUAGAACAUCGAGUCAAUCUUUUAGAAUGUGACGAUGAUGAAUGGGAGGAAAUUCGAAACUUCAUGAAAUGCCUCACUCGUAUGUACCAUGAUCAGGGCCGAGACGUUGUAUUUUAUGAAAAUGCUGCCGCACCACACAGAAAAAUGCAUGCGGCCAUGCAAGUAGUACCUUUACCAUAUAGUCUGGGAGAAACUGCGCCAGCAUUCUUCAAAGAAGCUAUCCUUGCAGCCGAUGAAGAAUGGACCCAGCAUAAAAAGUUGUUAGAUACGGCGGCACAGGCUCGUGGAGGUUUAGGAAAGAGAGCCUUUCGGCAAAUGAUCGCCAAAGAAAUGCCUUACUUCCACGCUUGGUUUACUAUUGACGGUGGUCUCGGUCACAUUGUCGAAGAUUCCGACCGCUGGCCUAAGGGUGAUCUCUUUGCACGAGAAGUCAUUGGUGGCAUGCUAGACCUUGACUCCGACAUUAUUCGGCGACAGGGUCGCUGGAAAUUUGACGAUAAAAGGAUUCCGCUUUUCAGAGCAAGGUGGCGAAAGUUCGACUGGACUCGAGUACUUACUGAUCAGUAA